AUGUCAGAAUUAGAAACUUCUAAACCAGCGGUUGUGGUUAAUGAGAAAAAAUCUUCGAAGGGGAAGAAAAAGAAGGCAGUUAACCCGGCAACGAUAACGCCAGAGUACAUUGAAGAACAAAGAAGACUUCGUCAGCUUAAAAAAGAACAGAAGAAACAGGAACUUAUAGCCCAGGGAAUCAAUCCAGACCAAGUAGAAACUCCUGCUGAGUUACGGUAUAAGACUAGAGAUGUUUUAGUUGUGCAAGAGCAUCAACAGGUUGAAGAUGGUCCAGCUAUUAGGAUCAUGUCGUACAACAUGCUUGCACAAGCAUUAAUUAGAAGAAAGCUUUUCCCCACCAGUGGGAAUGCGUUAAAAUGGAGUACAAGAUCACAGGUGUUACUUUCGGAGAUUUGUCAUUAUAACCCUGACAUUUUAUGUCUUCAAGAGGUCGAUUUCGUUCAAUAUAACUCCUUUUGGAAACUGGAGUUUGACAAGCUUGGGUAUGAUUCCAAAUAUCAUAGAGCUGGCACUAAGAACCAUGGGUUAGCAUUGGUAUACCGUAGAACCAUAUUUGUGAAUAACCAUCACUUGGCGCACAUACAGUACGACAAAGAGAAGCUGGGUAAGUUGUCACCAAGUUGUGUGACUCAAAACAUUGGUCUACUUGCCUGUUUGGAUUUCACUCCUCAAAUGAGAUCGAAGUAUCCUAAACUUCGGAAUGGACUUAUUGUCGGGACGACACACUUGUUCUGGCAUCCAUUUGGAACAUAUGAAAGAACGAGACAAACCUAUGUGAUUCUUAAAAAAUUUAAAGAAUUCCGUGAUACUUUGAACACUUUAAAUGGUGAAGGAUCUUCUUGGUAUUCAUUUUUCGCUGGCGAUUUCAACUCCCAACCUUUUGAUACGCCAUAUUUAUCCAUCACAUCAAAGCCAGUCAAGUAUAAGGGUAGAGGUCCCCUUGUACUUGGUUGUUCUCUUUCGUAUCAAUAUUCCAGUAGUAGAGGCAUUGUCGAUGAUGAGGAUAAUGAUGACUCCACUCCAGCUGAGGAAGAAGAAGGUGGGAACGUUGAGAAAUAUGGUAAAAAUCAACCAACAGACCCUGUACCGGAUACUUUUGAAUUCACCGAUGAACAAAGACAAAAAGUUGAAGAUAUGGAAGCAUUACACAAUUCCUUGGAUAUGCGGGCCAUUUCAUUAUAUUCUGCCGGAUACCAUUUGGUUGAUCCUAAAAAUGCUGGUAUAGAUAAUGACAGGAAAGAACCAUUUUUCUCGAACUGGGCACACACCUGGAGAGGUCUUUUGGAUUAUAUAUUUAUCAUUUCUUCUUGGAAUCAAGUGGAUGAUUAUAGCGAACGGAUUGACUCUGUUCAAGACAUUGAAUCGGAGCAUGGGGUCAAACUUUUGAAACUUCUUCAAUUGCCAUUACCUGAAGAAAUGGGUCCUGAACCUUCUGGACAGCCAAGAAUUGGUCAAUAUCCUUCUGAUCAUCUUUGUUUGAUGGCUGAAGUUGCAUUAUGUUAG